UUUCCUUACGUAAAGAUGCCCAUCUACAUGGACUACGGCCUCCGAGUUCGCAUCGGUCCGACAACCUUCAUCAACAGAAAUUGCUUCAUCAUGGACACGCCCGUCGCGGACAUUGUCAUCGGUGAACGAUGUCAAAUCGGCCCCAAUGUCAACAUCAUCGGCGUCGGCCACUCCGUCAAGUACGAGGAGCGUAAUGAGCUCGAGACCGGCGUGGCGGGCAGCUGGGGCGCCAAGGUCCAAAUAGGCGACGGCGCCUGGAUUGGAGCUGGCAGCACAAUUCUACCAGGGGUGACUAUCGGAGAGUAUUCGACGAUUGGGGCGGGCAGUGUCGUUACUAGAGAUGUGCCGGCGCGCUGUGUCGCUGUUGGCAACCCGGCCAAGGUCUUG